UUGUGGAGUUCACGCCAUGUUUCGUUGAUGCCCCAUGGUUUAUGCUUCAGCGAUAUAAAUUAUACACGUCUUCAAACGGGGUUGUCUUUGAAUUGAACUACAGUUUGGGGACCGCGGAAAGGAAGUUCUGUUUUUUUGUGUGUGAUCAUACCUACCUGCCAGUGCUUGCCUUGCCCGCAUUACAAUGGUUGCGUCCUGUAUUGACGUUUGCCUGGGUCCAUCAUCGCUGUGGUGCUGAAAAGAAACGAACCCGUGCGGCCGUAGCGAGUGCAUGCUGCUGCGAACGAUGAGGAGGUUUCUGCGGAGCUGCAGCGGUUGAAUUGCACCACCUCGCCCACUUCUUGAUUUUAUCCCUCAAAAACUGGACUCUACCGGCGCAGUUUAUGAAGACCCAGUGUGGACAGUAAUGACCUCACGCUCCCGGUUGCCAGCUGGCAGUAACGACAAUGUCCGAGCAUCAGAGCUGGCACAAGACAGGCAGCACACAGAGGUGGUCUGUAAUGUUCUUCUGCUGGAUAACACAGUUCAAGCCUUCAAAGUUAAUAAGCACGAUCAAGGACAGGUCCUGCUGGAUGUAGUGUUCAAGCACCUGGAGCUGACGGAGAGCGACUACUUCGGCCUACAGCUGGCCGACGACUCCUCAGACAGUCAGGCUGUUGCAAGAGAUCAGAGGUGGCUGGAUCCAACCAAACCGAUUAGAAAGCAAUUAAAAAGGGGGUCUUCACACCGUUUGAAUUUUAGGGUUAAAUUCUUUGUAACCGACCCCAAUAAACUCCAGGAGGAGUAUACAAGGUACCAGUACGUUUUGCAGAUUAAACAGGACAUACUUAGUGGAAGGCUGCCGUGUCCGAACAUCACAGCCGCUCUUCUUGCUUCAUACGCCGUUCAGUCUGAGCUAGGGGACUACAGUCAGGACGAGAACUUGCCCGGCUACCUCUCCGGAUACUCUUUCAUCCCCAACGCACCACAUGACUUUGAGAAAGAGAUUGCCAAACAGCAUCAGCAACACAAGGGACUGCCUCCUGCCCAGUCAGAGUUCAAUUAUCUAAACACAGCACGGACGCUAGAGCUCUAUGGAGUCGAAUUGCACUAUGCAAGAGAUCAAAGCAACACUGAGAUUUUAAUCGGAGUGAUGUCAACUGGGAUUGUCAUCUAUAAGAACAGGGUACGAAUCAACUGCUUUCCAUGGCUACAGAUUGUAAAGAUCUCGUUUAAAUGUCGACAGUUUUUUAUUCAACUCAGAAGAGAAUUGAAUGAGAGCCGUGAGGCGCUGUUAGCCUUUAACAUGGUGAACUACCGAGCCUGUAAGAACCUAUGGAAGGACUGUGUAGAGCACCACACCUUCUUCAGACUGGACCGACCCUUACCACCACAGAAGAACUUCUUUGCACAUGUCUUCCAACUGGGCUCCAAGUACCGCUACUGUGGUAGGACAGAGGUGCAGUCUGUCCAGUACGGCAAGGAGAAGGGCAUCAAGGACAGGGUGUUCGCCAGGUCUCCCAGUAAGCCCUUGGUUCGGCGGCUGAUGGAUGGAGGGAUGGACUGGGAGUCAGUCAGCCGGAACUCCAGAGCCUCUCUGUCUGACGACCGCCUGGAGACCCAGAGCCUGCCCACACGCUCCCCACCAGGCACCCCCAACCACAGGAACUCCAAGUUUGCACAAGAGCGCCUGCGGCCGUCCUCCGUGGGACACCUGCUGGACCAUGUGAACUACCACGACCAUGCCUCGCCCUGCCAAACCUUUAGCAAUCACAAGUCAGCCUCCUCAACCCAGGCCAACUCCAUCAGCUUAGAUUCUACCCCGUCACCAGACUCGACCAUCGACGGCCUGCCGCCCGCUCUGCCCCCUAAGCAGACCAGGAGGCCUCUGUCCAGCCAGUCCCACUCUCAGCAGGAGUUGGACAAUCACAUCAAUGAGCUAUAUGACACGCCUCUGUCAGAAGACAAGACUAUGCCCAAUGGAGUGCUUCCUCAUGACAAUCUGGUGUUCAUUAAAAUGUGCCCCGACGAACAAGGACGAUUUGGAUUCAAUGUGAAGGGUGGGCUGGACCAGAAGAUGCCUGUGAUCGUGUCCCGAGUGGCCCCGGGAACAGCGGCUGACCUGUGUGUUCCCCGGCUGAACGAGGGAGACCAGGUGGUGCUGAUCAACGGUCAGGACAUCUCAGAGCACACCCACGACCAGGUGGUCAUGUUCAUCAAGGCCAGCUGUGAGGAGAGCGACUCAGGAGAGCUGAACCUGCUGGUCAGACCCAACGCCGUGUAUGACCUGGUGGAGGAGGAGAAGCUGGAGGAUGGAGAUACAGAGUCUAACUACCAGUACUCCCCAGAGAGGGCGCCCCAGGACCACCCCCAGGACCCGCCCCAGGACCAGCCCCAGGACCAGGACCAGCCAGACCACCACCCAUCCUGCUGGAGAGACUCCAUACUACAGCUGAAAGAAGGCUUGAGCACUGGGGCCGUACAGCAACAGUUUGAUCAACUCUACCGGAAAAGGCCUGGAUUGACAAUGUCAUGUGCCAAAUUACCUCAGAACAUUUCCAAGAAUCGAUAUCGAGACAUUUCACCGUAUGACGCCACCAGGGUUAUUCUGAGGGGCAAGGACGGGGACUAUAUCAAUGCAAAUUACAUCAAUAUGGUGAUCCCAGCGGCCAGGGCUGUAAACCGCUACAUCGCGUGCCAGGGCCCGCUGCCCGCCACCUGCUCUGACUUCUGGAGGAUGACUUGGGAACAGGGCUCCAACAUGGUGGUCAUGCUCACCACGCAGGUGGAGAGGGGACGGGUGAAGUGUCAUCAGUAUUGGCCCAACCCUGGUGCCAUUGCUACCCAUGGGGACUUCCAGGUGUCCUGUGUGACAGAAGAAGAGCAAUCAGCAUUCCUGGUCAGAGAGAUAACUCUCACACACCUGGAGAGUGAGGAGAGCAGGUCGCUGACUCAGAUCCAGUACAUGGCCUGGCCUGACCACGGUGUACCAGACGACUACACUGACUUCCUGGACUUUGUCAGUCUGGUCCGCAGAAAGAGGGAGGGCAAGGAGGAGCCGGUUAUAGUACACUGCAGCGCUGGGAUUGGUCGGACGGGGGUGCUCAUCACCAUGGAAACGGCCAUGUGUUUGAUUGAGUGCAAUCAGCCCGUGUAUCCGUUGGAUAUCGUGAGGACAAUGAGAGACCAGAGGGCCAUGAUGAUCCAGACUCCGAGCCAGUACAGGUUUGUCUGUGAGGCGAUCCUCAAGGUGUACGAGGAGGAGCAGGUCAAACCCCUGACAGCCACAGAGCCCCUGACACCUGUAGAGUCUCUGACGCCCACAAAGCCCCUGACACCCGUAGAGUCUCUGACACCCACAACGCCCCUGAUACCCGUAGAGUCUCUGACGCCUACAAAGCCCCUGACACCUGUUGAGUCUCUGACGCCUACAAAGCCCCUGACACCUGUUGAGUCUCUGACGCCCACAACGCCCCUGAUACCCGUAGAGUCUCUGACGCCCACAAAGCCCCUGACACCUGUAGAAUCUCUGACGCCCACAACGCCCCUGAUACCCAUAGAGUCUCUGACGCCCACAACGCCCCUGAUACCCGUAGAGUCUCUGACGCCCACAAAGCCCUUGAUACCAGUAGAGUCUCUGACGCCCACAAAACCCCUGACACCUGUAGAGUCUCUGACACCCACAAAGCCCCUGAUACCCGUAGAGUCUCUGACGCCCACAAAGCCCCUGACACCCGUAGAGUCUCUGAUGCCCACAAAGCCCCUGAUACCCGUAGAGUCUCUGACACCUGCAAAGCCCCUGAUACCCGUAGAGUCUCUGACGCCCACAAUGCCCCUGACACCUGUAGAGUCUCUGACGCCUGCAAAGCCACUGACAGCCGUAGAGUCUCUGACGCCCACAAUGCCCCUGACACCCGUAGAGUCUCUGACGCCCACAAAGCCCCUGACACCCGUAGAGUCUCUAACACCCACAAAGCCCCUGAUACCCGUAGAGUCUCUGACGCCCACAAAGCCCCUGACACCCGUAGAGUCUCUGACGCCCACAAAGCCCCUGACACCCGUAGAGUCUCUAACACCCACAAAGCCCCUGAUACCCGUAGAGUCUCUGACGCCCACAAAGCCCCUGACACCCGUAGAGUCUCUGACGCCUACAAAGCCCCUGACACCCGUAGAGUCUCUAACACCCACAAAGCCCCUGAUACCCGUAGAGUCUCUGACGCCCACAAAGCCCCUGACACCCGUAGAGUCUCUAACACCCACAAAGCCCCUGAUACCCGUAGAGUCUCUGACGCCUACAAAGCCCCUGAUACCCGUAGAGUCUCUGACGCCCACAAAGCCCCUGAUACCCGUAGAGUCUCUGACGCCUACAAAGCCCCUGAUACCCGUAGAGUCUCUGACGCCCACAAAACCCCUGACACCUGUAGAGUCUCUGACACCCACAAAGCCCCUGAUACCCGUAGAGUCUCUGACGCCCACAAUGCCCCUGACACCCGUAGAGUCUCUGACGCCCACAAAGCCCCUGACACCCGUAGAGUCUCUAACACCCACAAAGCCCCUGAUACCCGUAGAGUCUCUGACGCCCACAAAGCCCCUGACACCCGUAGAGUCUCUGACGCCCACAAAGCCCCUGACACCCGUAGAGUCUCUAACACCCACAAAGCCCCUGAUACCCGUAGAGUCUCUGACGCCCACAAAGCCCCUGACACCCGUAGAGUCUCUGACGCCUACAAAGCCCCUGACACCCGUAGAGUCUCUAACACCCACAAAGCCCCUGAUACCCGUAGAGUCUCUGACGCCCACAAAGCCCCUGACACCCGUAGAGUCUCUAACACCCACAAAGCCCCUGAUACCCGUAGAGUCUCUGACACCUACAAAGCCCUUGACAACCUUAGAGCUCCUGACACCCACAGAGCCAGAGGUAGAGACAGAGAGAAUCAGCUUUAUCCCUCCUGGGACUGACUGACUGACACAGGGCUGCAUGGGCCUAAGCACCACCCUCUUCUUCCACAGCCUGUCUAUCUGUCUGUCUAGAGCCUGUCUGUCUGUCUUUAGCCUGUCUGUCUGACUCCCUCAGUCACAAUAGUUUCUUCCCACAUCCGCCAUCUUGAGUCUGGCAAGAGAGACUACAGUCACAAGCAUGGAGACGACUACCGACAACCACUCGAACUGGCCUGGGAGGGGAAACAAAGCACUGUUGCACUUUAUGACGACAAAACGCCAUACUUUGGAGAAUUAGCGGAAGAAGAAAAAAAGAAACAAAGUUCCGAUGAUCAACUGGAAUUUGGAUAUUAGCAAGUGUCCAGGAUCAAGAGCGAAGUAAGAAACAGAACCGUAGCUGGGUUGGAUAAUAUUGCUGCAGUGCCAUUACUUUCAGACAAACCUUCAUAAUGAACAGGACAACUCAAUGGAAAGUGGACUGACGUUUGUUUUCAACCCAUCAGUGCAUCAUUCCCAAGUGUCAUAUCAGUGGUUUCUUCAGACUAGUCUUUCUGUCUUUGAUUACUCCGUAGACUUAAGAGUCCAUUUUCUUUUUUUGAAAUCGAAAAACUAUUCAUCGUCAACUGAAGAUCCGUUCCGAAAGUGGGUUGACCCUCUAUGUAAGGUCCUGGUAAAGCGCUCUGACUUCUACCCUAUGGCACUACUCAUCUUAUCAUCUCAUUUCUCUUAUUGAGACUGUAGGUUGUCGGAUGGAUACUUUUGGGCUUUUAUGUGUGUCUACAGAUUGGAAUCAUCUCCAUGGAAGGUGUUUCCCAAACCAAGGUCAAAGACGGGGGAAGGUUAGGAGCGGUGGAGGCUGCAGAGGGGAGGACGGCUCAUAAUCAUGGCUGGAGUGCAGUCGUUGGCAUGGC